AUGAACGCAGCGCUGACAAGAGCGACAAUUUCGCUCUUUUUGGUGUAUUUGCCCGUCAUUUUCGGCCAAAUAUGCCAACGACUAAAUCCGAAUUUAUUUCAAAGAUGUAUUCAAGUAGCGGGGUUUAAUUUCACGGCCAAUUUUCCCGGUAAUUUUACGCUACACGAAAGCAUCAUCGCGCAUAAUCUGGAACGGGAAGUAUAUCAGUUUGGACAUUGCUCGCAAUAUUUGGAUACCAUUAUGUGCGCUAUUUAUGUCCCUAAAUGCGAGGAAGAAAACUAUAGCCCUGUUUUGCCAUGUAGAAGAGUCUGCGAAGAUUUUGCCAGAGAAUGUGAGACAAAAGUGGAAUACGAAAAACUAGAAUGGAUUAAAGGACUUUGCCGUCUGCUGCCGUCAUCGGAGAACAACAACAACGAAAAAAAAUGCUAUCUGCCGGGAAAUUACAAGCCGCGACUCAACGUGAACGCCACAAGUAAGUAAAAAUCUAUUUUAAGGUUAUGGCCUUUUAAACAUUCAUGAUAAAAUGAGUCUUCGUUCGCACGAAUUGUUCUUAAUCAGAGAUUUGCAAUUGCCGGUUACUUUUCAAAGGAAAAUAUUUGCAUUUAUCGCUUUCGAAAGAAACCGUAAAAGGAAAUUGGAAACGAAGACCACGUGUAAGUUUGUAUCGGUUGACAAAUGUUUUUCUGUUUUGUUUUAAUUUGAAGCAAAAAAUCUCGCGGUGGACAUGUGAAUUUCUUCUCCGGCGAUAAUUUUAUUCAGUUUGUUCGCGUAGUCUCACCCACUUGUAAAACAAUUGAGGUUACUUCGCUUAAAAGUAGAAAUUUGUAAGUCAGAUAGAAUAAUUAAUUGAACAACGGACCUUUUAUCUUUAACGAAAAUGUUGUGUACAUUCUACCCAAAAUAAAUUUUCACCUGGGAGUGGCUUCUAUUUGAGUUUCUUUGUUUCAGCAUCCAAAACGUUUAUUUGUUGAUAAAUUACCUUACAGCUUUAUAAACAGUUAAAUUGCUUGUUACUAGGGUAUUUUUACCAGUGAGAUAACUCGCGAAAUACUAAUUGUUUCCUCCGAAAAUAACAGACUGCAAAAAGUCUUGGUUGAACAGAUAAGUGGGCGACUAUAACCUUUGACAAACAACGAGCAAGUCCCGUGCCAGCCCUAUAGGUUAUUUGAUACGUUCAUGGCCGAGCACGACAACCAACUUUGUCAAGUAUAAUAAUUUAAAUGGAUUUUUCCCUGUAAAUUAUGUGUGAAUCUAUCCUCGUUUCCUUGGCUGUAACGAGAGGUAGAUUUGAAGACGCUCAGUUGCUAAGGUUUAGUGACGAAGUCUUUUCAUGCACGUUAAACUUGGGCAAUUUCGCCGCGAUUGUAGUUCAAGUGCUUAGGGUUUUCUAGGGGAGGGCUUUUGACUCGCUUCCACAAAAAUAUUUUUACACGGGUGGCUAUAUUCUCAUCCAUCGAAACUAACCCUGUUGACAAUGUUUUGCCAUGAGCCACCUGUUUUCGACUAGUCUUUUUUACACGAUCGUCCCGCUGGCUUUUGGAGCGGCAAGGUUUUUAUUAUACAUUUUUAUAAGAAAUCUUUUAUAUGACAGCAAAGGGAUCACACGCAUCCCUUUUGCUCCCUUUCAACCACACCAGCAUCUAAAACGUGCGAGUGUCUAACUUUCUUUUAAAUUUUCUGUAACUUUUCCUUCUUUGUUGUGCAGAGCCUCUUACACAGAGCUGCUCCAGCUUGACGAUGUCUUCCUGUUCCCAUCUUGGUUAUAAUCAUACAACCCAAUCUCUGGCAUCACAGCGGAUUCUCGACAUCGUACUCAAGAGAAGGCUGCGUAACUUUGGAAAUCAUUCUUUGUGUUCGUCACUACUUCAAAAGAUUUUCUGUGCAGAGUUUGCUCCGCCAUGUUUUCCGGAGGAUGAGACUGAAAUUGUUCUUCGAACAGUUUGCAAGUCCGAUUGUGAAAGCAUGCAAAAGGAAUGUCCAGCAUUGUACAGAGAACACUUUGGGGUAAACAGUUACUGUGAGCAAAUGGCGACUGAAAAGAGUGAUUUAGAUGGAUUUUGUAAGCUGACAAAAUGGCCGACGGCAGGGCGGUGGCCAUCGGAACCAAAUACUACAGGUAAGUUGUGGCUCAUGCCUCAUCAAAUCCCAACUAUUUCUAUAAUUAAUAAUUCGCCAAAGUUUUUCUUUAUAAACCAAUCUCCUGGUACGAGUGCGUCCUCCGGUUUCCGCGAACGCGAAGCGACUGGCAUAAUCAUUAUGGCUGUCCCUCUCCCCUCCGUGGGACGCUAAUCCAUCUCAGCUCCUCUCCCCCCCUCCUCCAGUAACUCGUUAGAUUUCCUUUACGGUUCUAUACCUGGAUGAGGGAAGCACCGGUGGAUUGAGGAGGUGCUUUACAGAAGAACAUAGCACUAUGAACCAGAUAGAUAAAAGAAAAUAGCUAGCACCUCACGACUUGGAUUCCAGCGCAAUUUCGGUAAAUUGAACGGACAACUCCUCUCCCCGCAACAUUCUGUCUAUGUCCCUUUUACCACACUGUUGGGCAUUUAACUGAACUCUGUUUAUCUGCGUCUAUUUCAGUGUUGCCGCGUAGUCACAGUUUAACGAUAGCCAGGCCCUCACGUACCCCACUUACCCUUGGUUCACCAGUUGAAAGGUCUGUUCCUUUGCGCGAGCGCACCGGGAACUCCUUACCAGUUGUCGCCAUCAUAGUUUCAACUGUCGUAGUGGUGCUUUCAAUCAUCGCAAUUGCUGCUGUCCUCUUGCUACUUAAACGACGUCGAUAUACUCAGGUUUGCUGGGUACUGGGGUACAAACGUCAUCCCUCAAAUGAAUGGGAAACCACUGUGGCACUGAAAACAUGAGCAUGCGCAAAUGUUUCGUGCUGCACGGCGUAAAGCUUGGAUGGCCUUCAGUUCACCUUCAGGCCAGGAGCUGCACAUGCUCAGUUGAACCGCUAGAAUCAGUGACGCAACGACAAGGGAAGCACUGAUCAAAAGCGUCAUUUUUAGCUCAUGAUUGUCCUUUUGGGAAGAUUAGAAAAAAUGAAAGAUCAAAAAAAGACGACCCGUGCGAGAGGAGAACUGAGUACCACAAGAGCCAGCAAGUGAUAAGAAUGGACAAAUAAGACUUUAAUUUUCUUGAACUAGAUAUUAUGAUGACAAAGAUUGAAUCAAACAGAAGGUUCGUGAUUGAAAAAAAAAAAAAGGGUAAAAAGAUUUCUACACAGAGAAAAAAAUAAUUUAAAUUUCCGAUGCACUAUAAAAUGAGCUGGC